GUGAUGUUUAUUGCUAGCCUGGAGCUCGCGACGGCGUCUUGCAUUCGCAUUCACUCGCAAGCACUUCGUUAACAGGGCGUAUCAGGGAUAAUCGCCCCUGGGCCCCGGCAAGUUCACGCCGGUAUCUGUUGCCCAGUGGCAGGGACCCACUCGAGGUUCCGCCCUCGAGCGUUUGGAACUGGCGAGCCUCCCGCUUGCGGGUGCAGCCUGAGCAUUCACGCGGCCGCAUGCACGCGAUUGCAGCACUGCGCGGACGGGUCGUCGUCGUCUUACACCUUGGUUAUUUGGUUCUGGAGAAUUUGUUUCUUGGUUUGGCUUUUCAGCGGUUUCGGGUACAUGCCGUGGACACGCACCGAGCUCGGCCAGCCCUCCGCCCGCCGCCCACUCAGCUGUCAGCACGGUUCCCCCACCCGGCCGGCCCCGCUGCACCGUGCGUGGGCCGGUCCCUGGACGGGUGUGGGGAACCGCACAGCGGUCCGCGCCCGUCCGUCUCAGCUGUCAGCUGUACGCCACUGCAUCGUCGCCAGCCUCGCCGCGGCACAUGGGGGCGGGAUCCAUGCAGCGGCGCCCAUACUUACCACGCUUGGCCGGCGCCAGUACAUACUACCAGUACAGCUCGCCCGGUGCAGCCGCCGUUCAGCCCUCUAAUCAGCCCGGCCCCAGCUAGGCAGCCACCCUGCUUCACUUGCUCGGCAGCUUUGCCCGGCAUCGGCUACUGACAUCCGCCACGCCGCUUCUUUCUUCUCCCGUUUCUUUCCGCUUGCCCACGCAUAUGCUCCAUGGGCGCCCGCGGAUGCCUGGCUCCGUUCCAGGUGGGUGCAUUUUGUGGGUUUCGCGUUGUCGCGGCGAAUGGCAGCAGCCUAGUUGCGAGCUGGAACGCGUCCGCCCCUGCAAGCGGCAGCAGUCUCCACGACACUCGGACUCCGUUUGGCGUGCCGAAUGCGGAGCAGCGUGGAGCGCGCACCGGUGUCUCGUCUCGAAGGUAACAAGUAACCGCAUUGCCGCUGACACUAACUUCUUUCGUGAUGUUUAUUGCUAGCCUGGAGCUCGCGACGGCGUCUUGCAUUCGCAUUCACUCGCAAGCACUUCGUUACCAGGGGUGGCAGGCAGGCCGAGCCAGGUGUCCACAAGUCGGGGGUCCGCAGUCGGGGGUCCGCGUGCCGUUACACACGUUCAGCCAGCCCCACCAAUGGCUUGUGUGCGAAUGCGCGUGAAGGGCGGGUGGUUUACAUGCCCGAGCCCAAUGAUAAUUGGUCCCAUCACCAUAAGAAAGCCGAGCGGGGGAGAGGGGCCGGGUUUUCACACUUUCACAACACGGGGCACGUGCAGCCAGUUCACAGGGGUGGCCACUGCAGUGAAUCGCCUGGCCCGGGCAGUGCGGAAGUGUCGGGACUCGUGAAGAGGGGGGUGGCGGGCGGGGGGGGGGGAGCAAACCGCGGAUGGUCCGCGCGUAAUCCGGGCCUGUGCGCCACGGCGCCCAGCCAGGCCAAAUGUCCUGUGAACAUCCGUCGUGCGCAUUCGUUUCCUUAACGCAUCGUCGGUAAUCACGCCUAGGAAGCCCGUCCUACGCCGCGUGAGGCAGGCUGUCCUCGCGCCUCGGCCGCCUCGGACGCUCAGACUCCCGUGUGGUUGAUGUCAGCAGUGCUCGUAUCUUGUAGAUGGAAGAUACGAGCACUGGAUGUCAGGCUGUCUGUAUGUGAGGAUAUCCUGGCUAACGCGGUCGAUAUCAUGGCUACGGCGGCACGGAGUACACAAGGGGCCGCUAUUGGGUGGCUCUGGGGAUGGACGGCAUGUGAGGGGCGCCAAUGCUCGCGCGGUUAACACGCGCCGGCGCCGAGCCCGAGCCCCGGUGAAGCCAGUCGCGCUGGGCACCCGGCCAUGUGGAUGGGCCGUCGGGAGCGGCUCGGAGGCCCCUGCAUGCGGCCGGGCAGGGGGCAAGGAGGAGGUGUUGCGGACUUGCGGUGAAAGAGCGGCCGGCAGCCUAGCGCUGGUGUUGCCAGCCCACGGGCCAGUGCAGUGCAUAGCGACAGCUGCAGCGCACUGUUACGUUCGCGUAGGCACC